AUGCAUGCCUGUGUUUUCAUGGCAACGGUGGCUGCCGGCUUCAUGAAAACUUUCAAACUGAAUGUAUUGUAUAAUUUCGACGAUAGCGUACAGCCCAGUUCUCUCCCCCGGGAGCUCGAAGAAACUUGGCCGGAGUCCAUUCAAGAGCAUACUUACCAGUUGCUGACUGGCUGGCUCUUUUUCCGAAAAGUAGCGGUGGAAUUUUCGAGAGUGGAAAUGCCUUUGGAUGGGGUCGCAACGUUUUAUGAAAGCUCUGCUGCCGAGUGUCUAAUGGACUAUCACCGGUUCGAACGAUAUCUUGCUUCUCGGGGACGACGCUUUCGACCGCUAGCCAUCAAUCCAGCCCAAGUAAAGUGGCCAGAGAGGUCCUUGGAGCUGGCUAGAUAUUGUAUAGAGUCUCUAUCUAAGGAGACACAGCUUCUCGAAGAUUUGGAACGUUUAUCUGCCCUGGCAGAAAAGCACUGCGAAUUCUCGUUAUCCGAAAAUAUCAAGUCAAAAAUCCUGCGCAGGAAAGCACAGAGCCAGAAGAACUACAUAGACCUGCAGCAGGUGAUCCGGAACUCCGAAUAG